UCUUUUUCCCUCUCCCCAAUAUUACCUUCCACCCCCUAUCCGCCUCCGUCGCCCCCUCCCAACGCGGCGACGACCGCCGACUACCUCGCCUCCGACCACGGCCGCGCGUCCUCCUGCGUCGUCCCGCCCCCCGCCGGAGGUCAGCGUUAGCCGGCGGCGCGGGACCCGACGGCCGCCGGUACGCAGGCAUUCGCCGCCCCGCGCGUCCCCGAGGGUUUGGCGGGCCGCGGCGUCAUCAGCGGCGGCGGAGUUGGUCAGAAGGGGGACCUUGCAUUGGAUGGUCUCGAUCCGUACGGCUCCCUGCUGACCGCCUGCCGCAAUGGAGGAGCCUGGCACGGGCACGCGCGGACGGGAGGAUCACCAUGUCGCCGUCCCGCGGUUCUCUGGCGAGGACGGUGUGUCUGUUGCCGCCGCGCCUGAACCCGGUGACGGGUUGGGGGAUGGUGAGGAGGUGUGCGGUGCUCAGGGGAGAGGAUUGUCCACAGAGGAAGAGGGAGAGAAAGGGGGCGACCUUGCUGUUGGAUUGGUGGAUCCCGUCGAGGCUGUUUGUGCCAUCCUUGAAGGGAGAAGGUGUCAGAUAGGUGACGAGAAGGGUUCUAGUUCAGAGGAGAGGCCCAUGAACGUGGAGGAAGAGAAGGGAGGUAGUUUGGCGUUCGCGCCACAGGCAUCCGCUGAACCUGGCAGUCUGCGGACGUGUCAUGAGGGCAAUGGUGGGUUGUCGGAUAAGACGUUAUGUGUUCCUUGCGGUGAAGCAGUCUGUUCCGAGGAUGUUGGAUGCAUGUAUGAAAUGCUGGACAAAGUGACAGAUGGGAGCCAAUGUGAGCUGGAGGAUUUGGCGGAUAACGUAGGUGAUUGGGGUGGUCUGGCGGAGGUAAUGACAAGUACAGAAGAUUUAUGGAUGGCUUCUGAGGAAGCACACUGUGAUAAUGAGUGCUUGUUGGAUUUGACGAAGCAUGGCAGCGAACAACAGCCACGUGGAGUUGAUGGCGUGAGAUCUGUGACAGAUGCUAAUAAUGAGCUGCAACAUGAUGAUUUGAUGCCAAAUAUUGAAGCUGAGGUCUUCGGGCCAUUGUACGAAGAUUCAGUUCCUUCCGUUUCUAGGAGCAUUGAUGUUUCUUUAGAUGGAAAGACAGUUCAAUUUGGUCAAAUAUCUGGUGAUUCAGUGACAUCUCAUGUGGCUGAUGGCAGUUUGUGGAAUAAUAAAGGUUUAUGUGCCCCUUUUGGUGAAGGAUCUCAAUUCAUUGAUGCUGGAUGCAUGUAUGACACGGUGGACAUGGCGACAGAGGGAAGUCCAUGUCAGCAGGGCAGUUUGGCGGGUGAUGGAGGUGUUUUGAGUGGUGGUGCAUAUGUAAAGACAAGCCUAGAGGGUUUAGAAAUGUGUUGCAAGGAACCACAUUGUGAUGGCAAGGGCUUGUCAGAUUUGGUAAAACUUGACAUCGAGCAUUUGCCAUAUGGCAUGGCUGUCACAUGUUUGAAUAAAAAUGCUAACCAUGAUCUCGAAAAGGAUGAUUUAUUACCAAAAGUUGGAGCAGAGGACUCUUGUACCUUGCAUGAAGAUUCAUUUCCUUCACUUUCUGGGAGUAGCGUUGCUGUUUCUUUAGAUGGCAAGGCUGGCCAGGUUGGUGAAUUAUCUGAACGUAGAGCAAUCACCAGAAACAUGUCUUUUGGGUCACAAGAAGGAGGUACGCUUUCUUGUGAGAGUGUGUUUCACAAGGAAGCUCCUGGAGGUGAGAGCCGGUGUUCCAGAAGGGAGGUGAACAUAAGUGAAGAGGACUUGCGGACAGGUUGGAUGGAAGUAGCUCAUGACAAUGGGGACUUGUCAGAUCCAGGGAAGUGUCACACAGAGAAAUUUCCAUGUGGUGUGGAUGGCCUGACAUUGAUAACUGGUGCUAAUCAUGAGCCGGAAAAGGUUGGUUUCUUGCCAAAUAUUGAUGCAGCAGUCUCCUGUCCAGUAGAUGAAGCUUCAGUUCCUUCUAUUUAUGGGAGCUCCAUUGAUGUUCCUUUAGAUGAGAAGGCCAGUCAGAUUGGUUACAUGUCCGAAAGGAGUUCAUGUGUGGAGAAAUUGGCUCGCAAUUCACUGGAAGGAGAUACGCUUUUGUGUGAGAGUGGUCUUCGGACAGAGGCUUAUGGAGAUGAGAAUCAGGAAUCCAGCAUGGGGGUGUCCAAUCGGUUGAAUUUGUCUGUAUGUAAAGCAAGCAUAGAAAAUUUAGAAGCUUGUGGCCCUUAUGCUGUGAAAGAGAUGCAACAGAUCUCUCAAAAAUCUGCGACCGCUGAAUUACCCCCAGAGAUAGACCUGUGUCAUUCUUCUUAUAACCAACCUUGCAACAAUGAACCUUGUAGUGGCAGGGAAUCAUCAGCUCAAUGCAUGGGUCAUCAAGAUUCUGGAAUUUCUGGUAUUGGCGGAUCUGGCCCUAUAGACCAUUUGGAUCAAGGGCUCAAUGCCUGUAAUUCUGCUGAUGACAAAGCCAGUUCUGUUGAUUUUGUCUGCAAUGCUAAUGAUGGGGAAUCACAAAGCCAAAAGCUGGCAACAUUUUUUGUGUUCAGACGUAGGAAUCCAAAAAGAGCUGCUUCAUCAAGAAACCUUAAUUCUGAGAAGCCCGAUCAAAUAAACAAGGCAAGCAGUGGCACACGCAAACUUAAAAAGGUUGAUAUUGCGAGCUCAUUACAUCAAAGCACCAUGGGUACGUUCCCAAACAAAAUCUCUAAGGGAAGAAGUGGCAUGAACAGGCCACAGAAAUCUUCUGCUUGGGGCAGUCGGCAAAAGCUAUUGGAUGGUUUCUGUCAGAGUCACGGGCCUUUGGCUUCUAAUUCUCGUCCAAUUUACCUGGGAAAAGGAAGAUCAAAUACAAGAUCUGAUCAGAGAAAUCAGCCAAGUUUUCGGAAAAGUCGAAGUUCAAGAUCUUCAAAAAGUAAAUGCUCUACCUUGUCUGAUGUAGGGCAUUUAGCUGAUGAAUUGAAUGGGAAACCUGCCUUUUCAGCUAUUGCUGAUACUGAUGCUUCCUCAGAAGGUCAGGGAGAAGACAUUCCAAAAUUCCCUUCACAUUCAUUAGAGUGUACUGACUGUCCUAACACGCAGCAGUUGAAAAGGGGCUUGGCGAGUUCUACUCAGGAAACAUGCCCUGCAUACAUCCAUGGAGAGUGUGCUAAGCUUUCAACUUCUGGACCUUCUUUGACCAAUGACAAUGGCACUGUCAUGCUGCCUGUUGGAUUUUCACCAGAUUCUGUUUUGGAGGUAGCUUCUGUUACGUGUGAAAGUAAUGCUUCUGCAAGCCAUGAUGUUAUGCUACAUGAAAACUCAUCAGAUGCUGGUGCAUUGAAUGGAGGUGGUCAUCAUCCAUCUGUUUUAUCUACUUCCAAAUCUGGAAAAGAUCAAGCUCCAUCAUUGAUGCACUUGGAGCAGCGAGCUAAAACUGCUGGGGGGAUUGAGAACACAAGGAAGGAAGAGACUGGUCCAUCUCACGCCAUGAUAGACAAUGAUGUUGAAGGAAGAGUGCAGACUUUACAGAAGUCCAAUACAGUGAAGAAAAAUAGUACUGUCAGAAAGCUGGGUUGCAUGAAGAAAGAUGGAACUAAAGGAAAAAACUUGAAGACUAGAAGUUCUACCCAAAUUUCUUCAUGUGAAGCUUCACAACUCAGGGGCUUCUCUAAUGAUUCAGUUUCACCUGAUCCACCUGAGUUACUGCUUAGUACAGGGCAUCCAGAGCUAGGUUCAUGUUGUGAGGUCCAAACUUCUGCCACACAGGAUCUUGGUACGCAUGAACAUGGUAAUACACAGAAUCAUUCUGUAAUUGACAGUGAAAAAGGGAGCGCCUUUCACACUAUGAAAUCACCAAGGCACAAGAAAAAGGAUGCUAAUGCAGGAAAGAAGGGUAAGGUGCGGGAUCCACAUAUGAAGGGAAAGGGUAAGAAGAAAAACAUAGCAGAUGGCACUUCCCUUGAUGAUGGAUUGUUUAAUUUGCCUUCUACUGAACUGGCAGCAUCUCAUAUGAAUGAACAGGGUAAUCUCACUCCUGCCACUGAACUUGCAUUCAAGAACUCUGGCACCAUAUCUACUGCUUUACCUGGAAAUGUUGCGUACAAAAUGGACGAGGCAUCUGUACCACCACCACCACCUGCUGCAUGGGUGUGUUGUGAUGAUUGCCAAAAAUGGCGCUGCAUACCUGCUGAACUGGCAGAUGCCAUUGGAGAAACAAAUUGCAGAUGGACUUGUAAGGACAAUGGAGACAUGGCGUUUGCUGACUGUUCUAUCCCACAAGUGAAGACAAACGCUGAGAUCAAUGCAGAACUUGAACUUUCAGAUGCUUCAGCUGAUGAAGCAGACAAUGAUGGAUCUAACUCGAAAGCUUCCAGAGCUCCAUCUUGGACACAUGUUAGGUCGAACUUGUUUCUGCAUCGGAACCGCAGGACACAAUCCAUUGAUGAGAGCAUGGUGUGCAACUGCAAGCCUCCUCAAGAUGGCCGAAUGGGUUGUAGAGAUGGCUGCUUGAACAGGAUGCUCAACAUUGAAUGCGUCAAACGUACAUGUCCAUGUGAAGAGCAAUGUUCCAAUCAAAAGUUUCAGCGGCGCAGCUAUGCAAAACUGAGAUGGUGCCAUUCUGGCAACAAAGGCUAUGGACUGCAGUUGCAAGAAGACGUAUCUGAAGGAAGAUUUCUUAUUGAAUAUGUUGGAGAGGUCCUUGACAUAACGUCUUAUAAAUCCCGCCAAAGAUAUUAUGCUUCUAAAGGCCAGAAGCAUUUUUACUUCAUGGCCCUAAAUGGCGGCGAGGUAAUAGAUGCUUGCACUAAGGGAAACUUGGGCCGAUUCAUCAAUCAUAGCUGCAGCCCUAACUGUCGUACAGAGAAGUGGAUGGUCAAUGGAGAAGUAUGCAUUGGAAUAUUUGCUAUGAGGAACAUCAAGAAGGGUGAAGAAUUGACAUUUGAUUACAACUAUGUUCGUGUAUCUGGCGCUGCUCCUCAAAAAUGCUUCUGUGGUACAGCCAAAUGCCGGGGUUACAUUGGUGGAGACAUAUCAGUUGAUUCCAUCACCCAAGAUGAUGCGGAAGCAGGUCAUUUUGAACAAAUGGUUGUUGACAAAAAUUCCGAGGAGUUGAUGGGUGCAAGUGGGUCUGGUUCUGAUGGCAGUCAUCCCAAUAUUGUUGAACCUGAAUUUUCUAUUCAAGAGGAAGAUUUACAUGAUUGCCCAGCUGCAAACACAGAGUUAGAACCACUUCAGCAAACUGGAGGAACUGAAUUUGAAACUAAUGAGCCUGAGAAUUCCUUAGAAGCAUGGAGCCCACAGGAAGAUGAAGAUGCCAUCCGCACGCCUGUGCAUGUGUCACGAACAAUUGAAAGUUCUUUGCAGUGUUUUCCAGUACAUGGCACGCUGUCAUCAGAUUGUUUGCCAAAGACUUCAUACACAACGGAAGGUUCAAAGGCUCCAAAUGUAAUAAAUGGAUCACCUAAUUCUGAUUUCAGGAGCAAUCUGGUACCUGGUUUCAAUGGUAAUAAGAGAAACAACCUAAAACACCAUAGAAAUGUGAAACCGUCAUCAUCAUCUCUAAUUAACAAUGAGCACAUUUUGGGAGUUGAAGGGAGACUGAACAACCUACUGGAUGAAGAUGGAGGUAUCAGCAAGCGAAAAGAUGCGACAAAUGGAUACUUGAAGCUUCUCUUUGUGACUGCAGCGGAAGGUGACAGUGCUGAUGGCACAUCUAAAAGUGUGAGGGAUCUUUCAUUGAUUCUUGACGCACUUUUAAAAACAAAAUCACAUUCUGUCCUGUUGGAUAUCGUCAACAAGAAUGGAUUGCAGAUGCUUCAUAAUAUAUUGAAGCAGAACAGAAGCAACUUCCAUCGUAUACCUAUUAUACGGAAGCUUCUGAAGGUACUGGAGUUUCUAGCUGUGAAAAGAAUUUUAACAUCUGAACAUAUAAACGGAGGUCCUCGAUGUGCUGGAGUCGAAAGCUUCAGAGACUCGAUGCUGCGGUUAACAAGACAUAGUAACUUUCAGGUUCAUCAGAGUGCUUGGAACUUCCUUGAUAGAUGGAUCCCUCGUGAUAUAGCAAGGAGCGAGCCAACAGAAUAUCCACGUGCAUCCACAUCUGCACAGGAUAACCGGGGAGCUAAUAUGGUUUGGAAUUCUUCUGGAAGGAAACGCAAGAGCCGUUGGGAUUAUCAACCGGAUGAGCACUAUAAGAUGGUUGGACUAAAAAUCCUAAAAGCUUAUUCUGAACAUGGUGAACCUAGUCUCCAGAUUGGCUUGAUGAGAAAUAAGUUGCAAGGGAAUCAGGGAACAAACAGCUAUCAUAAUGAUGUUCCUGGCAUGGGAAGUUCAACAGAGAGUGCAGAUGAUGAAGUGCCUCCUGGGUUUGAGUCUCAACAGGAACGUCGGCCUGUACAAGCUUCUUUCGACUGUGAGGUUGCUCCAGGACUUUGCAUGGAGAGGUACCAACCUAGCUUGACUAUUUCAUAUGGGAUUCCGGUCGACCUUGUUCAGCACUUCGGAACCCCUGAAUCUGAACGUCAGUGCCACCAAAAAUGGAAAGUUGCACCUGCUGUGCCUUUUAUUCCUUUUCCGCCAUUGCCACCCUAUCCACGAGGGAGUCCAUCUCCCUCCACUUCGUCAUAUCAAAUGUCCCAGCAUGACGGAACAUCCACAGUGAAACAUAACAGUUCAGGACACUGUGGGAGGACAGCAGACACAGGUGGAAGAGUGCAUAGGACUUGGCGGAAUGGCCCAAGAACAAGAUGGCCAUACAAUAACCAAGGAAGGAGAUUUCCAAGCAAUCAUCAUAGAUUUGAAAGAUUCCACCCUUCAAGUCAAUAGAAUGGUCAUUUAGGAUUCAGGGACCAUGAUUGACGUCCCAGUUUUUGAACCACAAGUAGUGGUGGUAUACAUGGUCAUUCCUGCUCGUCAGAAGUGUAAAAGAAGUUGUGUCAGCCUUUAACUUGUUUAACAGAAACUGUUACUAUCAGUUUACUAGGCGUAGAACGUAUGCUGCAAAUAGGUCAUUGCUGUUGCAGUCUUGUUACUAAUUAAUUGCUCAUUGUUUUCCUCCACCCAAUGUGUAUUCUCAAUAGGAAUACUUGAUUUGAUUUAAAUCUUUUUACAGGCAAAAUGUUAACUAAUUUAGUUGAUA